AUGCCUUACUUAGGACUUUCCACAGAUGUGAAGAAUCAAGAUGAAAAUGUCGAGGUUGCAUAUGAUGUUUCAAAAGUUCUCGAAGAAAUAGAAAAUCGACGUACAGAUAUUAUAAAUAUUCGAUUGAAAACUAUUCGAAUCAUUCUAGAAUCUCAGUUGGAUACAAAAACUAUGCCAAUGCUUGUUCUUGACUCUUCAGUCGAUGCAGUUCUAACUAGACCGAGUACAAAUGUUGAAUUGAAGUUCUUGAUAGACUUAUCCUUGUCAUACUACAAUGAUUCUCUUAAUCAAUGGGAACCACUGAUUGAAACCUUACCAGAUGAAGGUGAUCGUAUGUGGUCACUCCAGUUAGAGUUAAUUAGUCUUAAUAAAGCGGAGUGUUUGGCUGAAGAAGACUGGGAAGAAGUUGGGUGUCUACAAGCGUCAACCAAUACAAUGUUAGUUGUAUCCAGAGAUAAUUUAGAGAUCACUUUAUCGAAAACUGCUGUAGAUAUGCUGAGUAAUUUGGGCCGUUCGUUUGAAGAAGCUUAUAAAUUGAAGAAUGUUAAAUCGAAAUAUGAUGAUUUGUCGAAUCAGAUUGUAGCUCCUUAUCGAAUUAUCAAUAAUACUGGAUGUCAGUUAAUCAUACGCUAUAACAACCAAGCUCUUUCAUUAAUUCAUGAAAACAAUGUUGUUCCCAAUUCUGAUAAGGCAAUCACAUCAAGCGGUGAAAAUUAUAAUUCAAUUUUACUUGAUUCAAAACAAGAAGUGGGACUUACAGAAUUGGUUAAGAAGGAGAGGAAACAGUCUGUAGUUUAUUCAAGUUCAUCGAAAGAUUCACGCCAUCAUAUCUGGAUUUCUUUAUCAAGUGCUGUCAACAAUUCGUCUGCUCGUACUCCUAUUGCAUCUGAUACAGAGGUUGUUUUCCGUUUAUAUCGAGGUGAUAGCGACUUGUUGUGUUUAUCUAAAGAUUCCUGUACUGUUUCUAAAGGAACAACUUCUACAGUUGGUUACACUACAGUUUAUCCUGUAAUGGCAGAGGUCACUGCAUGUCUAGGCAUGAAGUCAAUCACCCUUCGAUCUACCGUUCAGGUGCUGAAUCGAACAUCGGAACGUCUUUGCAUCUACUCACAUUUAAUAAAAUCAUCUGUUAUGAAACAACCUGGCUUACUGGCUAUUAUUGAUAUUGGUGAAUCGUAUGCUCUUCCUGUAGAGUUGGUGAGUUCUCGCCAACACACAGGGAUAUUUAUUGGACCGGAGUCUGAAAAACCAAUCAUAUCCGGAACUCCUGCAUAUUGGCCUGAAUUCGCCUGUGGUGUAGUAAAGUGCGCUAAAGACACAAACUUUAAUUUACCUUUCCUCGCUCCACUUGCAGAAUCUGUAUCCAUUAAUUCAGAAAAUGAAAAUCUUAGUUCACCACAAUUCCAAUGGCCUCAUCAAAUAUUGGAAUGUCAAACAAAUAUCAGUGAAGUAGUAUACUUUUAUUCUGUUGCUGUUCUGUAUUAUAAUAAUCAGCGUAGUUUUGAAAAAGUCACUAGCAGUAAUAAAAACACAAAUGUUCCAACUAGUACAGAGUCACGUAAGAAAUCACUGACUACAAUUGCAGAUGAACUACGCUCAGCUCAAAAGAAAAUGAUUGACGGAAAUAAAUUAAGCGCAUCCGAUUGUGAUUUCCAAAUGGUUAUACAGAAUGCAAUUGUUCUAUACAAUCAGUUGCCUCUUCCAAUACAUUUUAUAUUACCAGACACUUCGGAACAGAUUCCCGCUGGGGGUCAUUAUCCACUGAAAACAAUACGACCAAACAAUGCCUUCGUAGAGAUCUCGUUUGAAUACAAUGACCGGAUAUAUCGAGCGAAACUAGAAUUACGUCCACAAAUAGAUGAAUAUUGUGUAAUUGAAUUCGAAUCUCGUAAGGAAUAUGAAGUGCUUAAUUUGCACUUGGGAUUGCAUAGUAUCUCGAAUUUGGGUCAGAUAUGUCUUACACUGUAUGCACCGUACUGGAUGAUAAAUAAGACUGGAAAAGAUUUAACCUAUAAAUCUAUGGAUGAUGUGGAAACCGUUCAUCCAACCACAUUUACUGGUGCUCUACUCUAUUCAUCAUUGACAAAAUCAUUUUUCGGUAAAAGGAAGGCUAAUCUUCGUGUAUGUGACUCUGGUUGGUCAGAUAAAUUUUCUCUGGAUACUGUUGGAAGUUCAGGUCGUGUACAUUGUACAACAAAAUCGAAAGUUUCCUUUGAAAUUGGUGUGAAAAUUGAUUUAUCCAGUUCUGGUUUAACAAAGAUUAUCACAUUUAUGCCAUACUUCAUGAUAGUCAAUAAAGCUAAUAUAGAUAUUGAAUGCUGUGAAGUGGAUGAAAAUGAUGAAAAGUCUACACAGUCUAUUAGUUCACAGUGGAUUACAGUCCCUGCAUGUGAGGCUACACCAUUUUGGCCAACUGCAACUAAUUCAAAGAAUAUGCUAUUAAAAUGUCGUAUAGGAAAGAAAAUCAUGACUACAGCAUUUCCAUAUUAUGAAUCACACUCAACUUUAAUGAAAUUAGAUGAUAAAUAUCCUGGUAUAUUUGUCGAAGUGGAAACCACUGAAGAGGCAACUGUAAUCACCUUACAAAUGUAUCAAGAAGGCAUGGCUUUAGUACGUCUUGUUAACAAUUUGGGAGACUCACAGCCUGUUUUCUAUUAUCAAAGCGGACUUCCACAGACUGUUCGUCGUUUAGAUGCUGGCAUGUCUAUUAUGUAUGUAUGGGAUUGCCCGCGUGCUAAACGUGAAUUAGUCUUCUAUUGCAAGGAAUCUGAUAAUCGUCAUUCAAAUAAAUUAACCAAUGAUGCUGUUGAAGAAUUCUAUGUGAAUAAUACAAAAGCAUAUUGGGUAUCGUUUAUGUGGAAUUUGCAACGAGUAUUGUUAUUCACACAAGAUGUGAAUGUAGCUAAAAAUGCUAGAUUAAGUUCUGAUCUUGAACCAGUCGAUCAAGAAAUUGUUAUCUCCCUUCAGUCAAUUGGAAUUUCUUUAGUUGACAAUGCUGCACGAGCCGAAAUAGCUUAUGUAUCUGUUACCAGUUCGGGUGUUCGAUGGAGUCAGGUGAAACGUGGCAACCGUUUAAAACCAUUACAACUUGCAUUGAGUGAAAGUUUAGAACGUGCCUAUACAACCUAUGCAAAUUCAUCAGAUGAUGCAGAUAAAGCCUCUAUAAGUAUUGUAAAACUGACCGAUACUAGUCAUCCAACUGAAGUAGAUUUCAGUCGAAUGCUUAUGCUUAAACCUGACCAAUGCGAGUUGAGGCGUGCUUUUGAACCAGGUGUAUUUUUGCAGUACAAAUCGUCAACAAGUCAAAUGCAAAUCCAUGCCAAAUUGUUUCGAUUACAGAUUGAUAGCCAACGAUUAGAUUCAACUUUUCCUGUCGUGUUAGCAGCUUAUCCACAUCCGAAAUCAGUUGCACUUGAUUCAGGUAUUAAACCUGUGGUUGAAUGGUCAGCUAUUAUUGGACGUACAGCCAAUCCCGGAUCAUUUCGUUUCAAAUACUUCCGUGUACUCAUACAAGAACUGCAACUUAAACUUGACCAAGGCUUCUUGUACGAUGUGGCUAAUUUCUUUGCUGGUGCUGUAACCCAUAUAUCUAAGGAGGAAGCGUUCAAACAGGACUGCAAUUUGAUCACCAGUAAAUUAAUUGACUCACCGGUUAUACAAGCUCAUCUACAAGAAGGAAACCGGUCAAUUUUUGAUAACUUCCAUAUUUCACCGAUUAAGGUACACGUUAGUUUCUCUCUCACUGGAAGCACAGAAGGAAAGUCAUCUGCAUUCCCCAGUGAAGUUCUCAACCUUUUCUUACAAUCUCUUGGUGUGGCAUUAACUGAUGUGCAGGAUGUGAUUUUCAAACUGGCCUACUUCGAGCGUCAAGCAUGUAUCAUGACACUGAGUCAGAUGACUGUAGAGAUGACACGUCAUUAUGUUGGUCAAGGUGUUCGACAAAUGUAUGUACUGAUAUUGGGAUUAGAUGUACUGGGUAAUCCAUUUGGUGUGUUGAGAGGGAUGGCUCAAGGUGUUGAAGAUCUUUUCUAUGAACCAGUGAAGGGUGCUGUUCUCGGUCCAGAGGAAUUCGCUGAAGGCGUGGCUUUGGGUGUACGAAGUUUGUUCGGUCAUGCAUUAGGUGGAGCAGCUGGUGCAGUUUCUCGUAUUACUGGAACUAUCGGUAAAGGUAUAGCUGCACUCACUUUAGAUGAAGAAUAUAAACGCAAACGGCGUGAGCAACUGGCACGACGUCCAGAAACGUUUGGGGCUGGCCUAGCUCAGGGUGGUCGAGGCUUAGUUAUGGGUGUGUUUCAUGGUUUUACUGGAGUGGUAACCAAGCCCGUUGAAGGUGCAAGAAAAGAUGGAGUUGAAGGCUUUUUCAAAGGGUUUGGCAAAGGUCUUGUUGGUGCAGUUACUCGUCCAGUGUCUGGAGUUGUAGAUUUCGCUAGCAGUUCAUUUGAAGGAAUUCGCAGAUUAGCUGAUACUGCUCAAGAAGUUUCACGUGUUCGUCCUCCACGUUUUAUUCGUUCUGAUGGAAUUAUAAGACCGUAUGAAAAACGUGAAGCUGAUGGUCAUCUUAUCCUUAGAAAUGUAGAUAAAGAUGGUAAUUUUGGUCAGUACAUAUUCCAUGUUCACUCUAAUCGAGGAAGUAGUGUGCUACUUUUAACUACAAACGAUUUGUUAAUAAUUGAAUCAAUGGAUAUAUUGGGAACAUUUUGUAUAAAUUGGAAAACUCCCUUGGAAAAUGUAUCUGGUAUACCGAUUGUCAAUGAAAAUGGGAUUUUGAUUACUUUGAAAGAGAAACAAAAAAAGUUAUUUACAUCAGGUUAUCAGAAAAAACAGUUCGAGUGUGAUGUUAAUCUAGCUGAGCUUAUGAUUCAUGAAAUAGAUUUGGCCAUUACCAAACCUGAAAAUUGA